UUUUGUAUCAUGACGUUGAUGCCGAUAGGAAGGUCGGAGGUGAAUGGAUGAUCAUGGAAUAUGUCGACGGAGACAAUCUCUCUACGGUAUGGAGAGACCUCGAUGCAAAGCAGCGCGAGCAAGUCUGCCUCGCUAUCGCGGACGUAUGGGUGGAGAUAAUCAACGUAACUUUCGACUCGAUUGGAAGUAUUUACGAGAAGGAGAACGGGGAGUUUCAUAUCGGACCCAUGACACGUCUGGCAUCAAAUCGAAACACCUCCAUUUCCCCGCCAAAGUUCGAAAAAUGCGGCCCAUUUGCCACCGCAAAGGACUGGCUCCUGGCGACUGCACGACGAGAUCUAGACUUUGGGGAGAAGCCUCAAGACAAUGCGGCCCAAAAACAACCCUUCAUCGAUAGUGCAGUGGCUAAUAUCCAGAAUCAUGACUUUCCCGAUCGACAUGAAGACUUAUCCAUCGUCCUCGAACAUAUAGACUUUGCGCCUCGAAACAUCCUGGUUAGCCGGACAGACCAUACGAAGAUAGUCACCGUUGUAGACUGGGAAGCCGCCCGCACCGUACCUAUGUGGGCUGCCAACCCCAGUUUCAGUUUCCCCCCGCAUUCAGUGACAGACGAAGAGAGGAAGCAUCUUCUCACGUUGUUGACCAAUCGCAUAAUUUCCAAGGCUCCUGCUUGGGAAAAGGCGAUAGGGCAGGACCUGCAGCCUCUGCGAAUUCUGCAUGAUCGCGCGAUAUAUAGUAAUGUAGAUCCUAAUAUACUACUCCCCGCUCCAUACCUAGCGUUGUCAGCUACAUAUUGAGUCUAUUAGAUAUUACCUCGUAUUAGCAC